CUGUGUGCACAACAUGAUCACACGUGAAUGCAAAUCCAUUGGUACAUGUGUGCACAUCCACUUCCUACGCGCGCGCACACACACACGCACACGCACACACCACCACCACACACACCCGCCACACUUACACACGCCUAUUUCCUAGAGGAUUCAUGGGUAUGCACCCAGCUGCACGCACAUCUGUUUCCUUGCUGUGUACCAGACUCAUUCUUGUGGGGUUCUGUGACUAUGCGAAAUAGAGCACCUGUGUGUGUGUGUGUGCGCGCCAAUCUGUCGGAAGGCUACCUUCGUGCCAAAGCAUCUGGACUGAGUAACUAGUUGGACUAGUUUCGGCUCCACAUUCCAGCGUGUCGUUGGCAUGCAUAGCUUUCAUGGCUGAGGUUGUUGGUAUGUCUGUUGGCUCUGGGUUCCCAGUAGGCUGGUUGGUAAAGUAACUCCAAUUUCACAUCAAGGUACCAGUGCAUCUAGUGUCCGCUUCUAUCAACGCAGCGUGCUGUCUAUACUGGUUACCAUGGUCACCGCAGCCUAUGGACGUUCACACAUGCAACAGAGCUUGGCCGACGAUGAUCAUGCCGUGGUGAUGUGGAUCGAGUGAAUCUGGGGGUUGUAGCGGAGAAUAGGCAAAUGCACUGGACUGGAGCAGUACUUGCUUAUCACUGCCUCACACACAUGCACAACAGCAUCGAGCCACCACCAGCACCACCAGCAGCAGCGACAACACCUCUACUGGCAGCAGCAGCAGUAGUGCCCUACACAACAGCAGUGAACCAAUGUCGGCAGAACUACCGUCAAGCCGGAAUGGGGAGGCAGAGCAGAACACGGUGCGGGAUGCUGACUGCUCACCGGUGGUGUCGGUAACAGAGGAUGCCGAUCAUGGUGCAACUGGGAGUUCAAAUGCCAAUGAAAACGGCGGUGAGCUCACACACAAUGUUGCUAACAUUGCGACAGUUACGAUGGACGGCACAGCCACUGGUCCCAUGUUUCUUCCGACUACACCCUGUUCUGACAGUACGCAUGGAGCAAGUGCCGAAAAGGUCUACUCGCGACAUCCAUCUACGGAAGGCAAGCAGGAGAAUGCAGUCGCAGCCACGGCUGCGACAGCAAUGGCUGUCCCAGACAUGCAUCCCAAAGCAUCACUUGAAUCUGAUGAAGCACCACCUCCAGCACAUCCUAGCUCAUCGCAGACACAGGAUAGCAGUGAUAGCACCAUGGAUGAAGAUCCUGAUAAGGUGACUGCUGCAGCUGCCACAUCAAUGUUACCACCACCGGAGCAGAUAAGAGGAGCACAGGAUGGCGCUGCUGUGGCACUGAGACGCAAUCAAACUUCAACUGUACCUGUUGAUGAAAGCAUGGAGACUGUUCAAGGCAUUCAGGAAGUGACAAUAAACGAGGAAGAUGGUGAUGAUGUCAUUAGUGGUUCUGCAUCUGCAGCUGCAAAGGCUAGCUCGGAUGUUGAGAAUGCUGAUGAUGGCGACAAUGGCGAUGUGUCAAGUCAAGAAACAACUACUAAAGUCACGUUUCCUGAUGCUAAAGCCCUGCUUGUAACUGGCCUUAGCGCCAGUAACAGCAGUAGUACAUUGGCCACGCGUAUGAACUCGCAAUCGCCAGAUCUCAGCCAGAGAAUACUGCAUCAUGCUAACUUUAACUGCAGAGAGUACAUAGAAAGUCUUCAACAGCAGCUCAGCGAAUUGCAGAAAGAGAACACGUUUAAACAGGCUGAGGUGUGGAAGUACAAGCAUGAAAAUGAGAGUCUUAAGAGCCAAGUUGAGAAGAACAAGUGUGCGUUGCAGCAAGUACAGGAGGAAAUGAAGACGAUGGAUGAGCGGCUCAGGGUAGAAUUUAAUGAGAAGACAGAGUCCAUCGUCUCUGCAGUGCAUCAAGCAUUUGAAAACCGACAAGCUGCCGAUUACCAAUGGUGUCGAGAACUGACCAGUAAAAUAGAGCACAUGGAGAUAAAGCACAGUGAUGAGGUUGGAAGACUGACUCAACGCAUUGAUGCUGAACGCAAAGAAAAGGCUCAACUUGAGCAGGAGGUUCGCAACUUGCAAGAGCAGAUCAGGGACUUGCGGCAGAAGAAUAUGCGGCUGGACAAGGAGCUGGAGGUGUACAGAGCACAACAACUGGGCCUUUCUGUGGACCAGCCUUUGCCAACAUCUGAUACAAGUGAUGUGUCGACCGUGAGCAGUGUGCAAGAAACCACUGAGAACAGGCCUGAACCUGGUGUAUCAGCAGCUUUGAGACCUUCGGAUGAUGAGCGACGAAUUGUGGAGAUCAGAGAGAUUCAAUGCACUAUCCUGUGGAAAGCGGAAGAGUGUAGCCAGUAUGUGAUGCAGAACUCUCUAGCCAUGCUUCAGUCGGUACGAAGACAGCAGCAAUGUGCAGUGUUGGCUGAUAAGAAAUGUGCACCGUGUCACUAUGCACUUCCGCCUUCUGUUGCGGAUCAAGUAGAUACUAGGCACAACUCUUCACAGACAGCCACAGCAGCGGCCCUAAGUCCUGGCAAGCUGUGCCUCCCUUGUAGUAUCGGAGGUGUGAUCAGGGUGCCGAUUAUCAAUAGGCGUACUGCAACAACGCCCAUUGCGAAGCGCAUCGGCCUGACCGAAGAGAAACUCGGCCAGCUGCACAAUCAUAUCUGCUUGCACUACCAGAUCGCGAAGUAUUACAUGCAGGGAUUGGUGGCUAUUGUACCUGACUGGGACGUAAGGUCGAAUGGCAUCAGUCAAUCGCGUACGCUGCGUGUCAUUGUCCUGGACGAGCAGAUCAUGGGCCACUCGGUCUCAUUGAAUCCCGAGUGUGAGCGAUCCUGCCAAAAGGCAAUCUGCCUGGACACUCUACCGCUGUGUAUGGCAAGCCUUCAUGGUAGACACCUCACGGUUGCUGAACAGGACUGGCCAGAUCCGGAUGUUCUUGCCGUCAACAUCUGGUAUGUGUUCCGUAAGGCAAUGGAAGACCGACAGCGUCGACUACCCACACUGGACCCAACCACGCGCCAAUUCAGACCGUCCUUCUCCAAGGCUACACUGGAAGUUGUGGAGCAUGUCCGCCAGUUGUGCACCGAGCUGUUCAGAACAGCCGUUGGUGAUGACCAGCUUUACAAGAGCUUUGUGAAAGCCAUGUUCCUGGCCGAUGCUGCCAGCUUGGUUGAUGAAGAUCAUUGACAGUCAGAUGAUGAUCAUUGCUGCAUGGCUUGUAUUGGUGUCACUUUGUGGCACAGGAGUGGUCACUGGCUUUUCUGCGGACGACCAUCCAGCUAGGUCAGUUACUUGUCUGACCUGAUAUAUCAAAGCAGCAUGUUGGUCAGUCUUGACCAGUCACGUGACUUGAGGGUCAAAGUUGAACAUGUAUCUAACUUACUACAUGUAGCUCCACUGGAGCAAAACAGCUGUCCGGAGGGUCUGCAAAAUCAAGCUCUCAGUGGCUAUCGUCCUGGCUGCGGUGGAGAUGUGCUAGUGGCGUUGUGAAGGGUCUGAUCUUGAACAUGUAUGUUCCAGAAGAGAGCCGCAGUAAACACUGGCUCAGCGACCUGCCAAGUACUGUGCAAGUGUUUCAAUUGAACUGAGAUGAAUAGGUAACUCGAAACAAUAUUUAUCACAUUCUUAGCAUUCGACCUCACUGAUUCCCCUGAUAGCUAAGCACUCAAAUAUUUUGCAUAUUUGACCUUGAGUAUACAUGUAUCACUAUUAUGACACAUGCAUGCAGUAGAUAUCUAUCUUAGAUCGAAUUAGAACUUUUGAGCUGAGAUAUCUGCGCAAGCGGCUUGGCAUCAAAUACUACCAUCAUCACACGAAUGAUCAUAGUUAGUAAGGCAUCAUGACAGCUA